AUGCCGCAGAAGGCGCUCGGGAAAGGGAAGAAGAUCCCGCGCCUCGGGAAGAAGGCACCCGCGAUGAAUCGACACGGGAAGCUCGCGAAACAGAAGAAGGGAAAAUUCGACAAGAAGGCCAUCGUGCGCGGCGCGAACGCGACGACGGAUUACUUAAACUCCAAAACGUUAUCCGCGCAGCUGAACGCGAAGAACGAGACCGAGGCCGCGAGACGAGCGACGCAAACGGGAGGAAAGAUGCACGUCGUGAGACCGCCCCCCGGGACGACGAGCGAACCGCGAGGACCGAAAUCGAAGAAGCAAGGGCCCGUCGUCAAGAUGAAGACGAAGAAGGCGUGCGGCUCCCUGUUCUGA